CUCAAUGCGGAGUCUAUGUAUAUAUGUCUAUGAACCUAACGUAUUCCAGAAAUUUAAAACACGUUCAAUGAGUCCAGAUAUCGCGGGGUUGAGCGGGGCGGAGCUAAAGUGACGAAACGCCCUCUGUCGGGACUGGGGCAAAGAAGAAAAGCAAAGCAACUGUAAAGAAAAGAUAGGAAACAACGGAACCAUUUGUGUUUUGGAUGCUUGUAUUCUACAUGUGUGGCAGAUAAAAUGAAGCUUAGAUCUAAAAGAAUAAUUGCUGCUUGUCCUGAGACGCCAAAGAGUAGUCGUCGACGGUCCGAAAGAGGGACACCAAGACAAACGCGUCCGUCGGUGUCUGCGGCCGAAAGUCUGCUCCAAACCAAGGAUGAAGACCCCUUGGAAAACCUCUCUGAUGAUGAAGUUCCCACAUUGAGGAGGCGGGCGCUGCCUCGCGGCCGGGCAAGAAAGAGAGCUAUUGCCGUCGGCGACAGAGAGUCCGAUCUUAGCUUCAAAACUCCUCUUAGGCCCAUAAGCCAUGAGCGUAUCCCAUCAGAGGGUGGCGUGGCAAGUCCCCGCAACUCCACCGCCCGGAACAUCUACUCGCCCAUUGUUCGUUUCCUCACACCCAGCAAAGAGAAUUUAAAGAGUCCCGGAACAGGGAACAGCGUACUAAUGAGCCCAGAACAAGGUGUGUUUGGAUAUGGCUCCAUUGAUCUUCUGGCAGGAGACGAGGAUGAUGAUGUCUUUGAUCCGUUCAUUUUUAUCAAGAACAUUCCAUCCCAAUCUCAGCAUUCCCAGCCACGUAUCAGAGAUAUUCCCCCCAAGACCAGGAGCACUCCGGAGGGCACGCUGGUGGUGGACCUGGAGGAAACCCUGAUGUUCAGCUCUCUGACUGUGAUCGACGAGGCAGAUUACACCUUCUACACGCCUUUCCAGGAUCACCAGUACAAGGUGUACAUGAUCCUCCGCCCACACGUCAGGGAGUUUCUGCAGGCCAUGGCUAAAGUCUAUGAGCUGUUUGUCUACACGUGCGCAAAGAAAGAAUAUGCAGAGAAGAUCCUGGAGAUCCUGGACCCUCAGAGGAAGCUGUUCCGACACCGUCUGUACCAGGACGACUGCGCCUGCGUCGUCGGACACUACAUCAAAGAUCUCAACGUGCUCGGGAGGGACCUCACAAAGACGGUGGUUCUGGACAACGCCCCCCACACGUACCCUUACAACCUGAUGAACACGAUACCGAUCAAGAGCUGGUCCGGGCAGCCGGAGGACAGAGAGCUGCAGAAGCUCAUCCCCUACAUGGAGAAACUGGCUGCAGCUGAGGAUUUUCAGGAGGUGUUGAAGAAGAGGAAGGAUCACAUACACCGGCUGCUGUCGGAGGACUGAUGACACGGCUCCCUUUGGCUGCUUCACGUGACUGUCGCAGCUCCUGUCGGCUAUCAUUUCUGCUUUGGUAAACAAGCGGACUCCAGGUGGACUGCGGUGCACUGUUGGGGUGUGACCGGCCCGCCUGCCCUCCUCUGAUGUGGACCUGAAGCGGCAGCGCGUUGGAAAUGUGCUGCUGAGCCACUGAUGCUCCAGCUGGACUCAUUCCACAAAUAAACUGCUAACCUGUACAUAUAUUUACAAAACAAAACGUGAAAUUUCUUGUUUAUAGUCAUAAUUUUCUAUUUAUUGAUUAUAUAACUAAUCAACUGCUGUUAUGUGUACAUUUUAGAAAUGCUUUUUUAUGCAAUAAAUGGACCCUAAUACAGUC